GUUGUGUUAUAAAAUCAUAUUAAACUUUUCAAUUUUAUUGGAUCUUUUCUUUUUUUGUUAUAAGCUUUUUCCAGUUUCUUUUUUCUUCUUAUAAAAAAAUGGACAAGGUAGAGGUUUCGAUAAAUGAAACGCAAGAGCAGUCUGGAUCGACGACUUCAACAAUUGACCAACAAAACGCAUCAUCAAUUGACCCAUCAACCCCUUGGUCCGAGAAGCCGGACAACCUAAAAACCAUUAUUGUGGAAGAUGAUGAAUCACCUGAAGAUGAAAUCAAAAGAAAGAAGAAAGAAAAAACUGCUCGUAUUCUGACUUUUGUAGGCCUUCAAAUUGCACUUUUCUUGGCUGCUUUAGAUGGUACUAUUGUCUCUACAGCAUUGCCUAGUAUCGGAUCAGAUUUCAAUCAAAUGUCAAUUGUUUCUUGGGUGGCUACAGCUUACAUCCUUACUUUUGAUGCCUUCCAACCUUUAUUCUCCAAGUUCUCAGAUAUUUUCGGACGUAAAAUAAUCUUGAUGGUCGGUAUUGGGCUAUUUUUAUUCGGAUCUGUUUUGUGCGGUGCUGCCAAGAAUAUGAUUAUGUUGAUCAUUUCAAGAGCCAUUGCAGGUAUUGGGGCUGCCGGUAUCUUUUCGAUGGUUUUUAUUAUUUUCUCCGAUUUAGUACCACUUGAACAACGAGGCAGUUACCAAGGUGUCGUCAAUGCUGUAUUUGCUCUAUCGAGUGUGUUUGGUCCAUUGAUUGGUGGCUUAUUCACUGAUUAUGUGACAUGGAGAUGGAACUUUUACAUCAAUUUACCCAUCGGUGCUAUAGCUUUGGUUAUGUUGGUGCUCUUUUUAAGGUUGCCUACUCCUCAAGGUAAACUCACAGAAAAAUUAAAGCGAGUUGAUUAUGCAGGUACCGUUAUUGUUUUGGCCUUUGCUACGCUCUUUCUAUUGGCACUUAAUUUUGGUGGACAGACUUUCCCUUGGAAAUCAGCUGCUGUGAUUGUACCUCUUAUUCUUUCUUUUCUUUUGGUAAUCCUGUUGGUCUAUGUUGAGAAGCAUUUUGCUAAGGAACCCCUGAUGCCCCCUAGACUUUUUAAGAACCGUUCCGUCGUCAGUGUCUUGUUGACGAAUUGGUUCUUUGGCAUGACAUUUUUCUCCGCAGUUUAUUACCUACCCGUAUACUUUCAAGUCGUACGAAACGACUCUGCCAUGUGGUCUGGAAUUAGAUUAAUUCCUAUGCAAAUGGUCAUGUGUGUCCUCUCAACUUUCGCUGGAAUCUUUAUAUCUAAAAUAGGUGUCUACAAACCUUUAAUUAUGUUUGGUAUGGUCAUGGUAACCUUAUGGAUUGGCUUAAUUAGUUUAUUCAAAGAGGAUACACCGUUCUCCCAAAUUUAUGGUAUUACUGUUAUUGGUGGUGCAGGUCUUGGUUGUCUCUUCUCAUCUUGUAUCAUUGCACUUCAGGCAUCUGUAGAACCAAAAGAUAUCGCCGUUGUUACCGGACUUGGAAAUUUCUCCCGUAUUCUCGGAGGUGCAUUAGGCGUUGCUAUCAGUUCUACGGUUCUGAACUCACAUUUAACAGAGAAUCUUCCAAACGUCUUACCUGUGGAGCUUGCUAAUGCUGUAAUUCAAUCUUCUGAAUUUGUCAACCAUGGUCUCCCUGCAGAAUAUUUAGCUUCCACUUUACGGGUAUACGUCGAAGGACUUCAGUUAAUUUGGUAUGUAUUUAUUCCCAUGGCCGGUCUCGGUACAAUUUCUUCUUGCUUCGUCAAGCAUCAUUCUGUUCGUAAACCAAAGCAAAACAAGGAUGAAAUCCCUGAAGACGAUGCAACAGCAGAAGUGAUUGUCAUUGACACGCCCAUGAAGGAUAAUAUGGUUAAAACCGAAACUGAAAUAGACGAGAGUAAAAAAUUAGAAACAGCUUAAUUUUAUCAAAUAUCUGUAACCCGCUAUAAUUAUCCUCUCACCCCCCUUAUACCUAAACUUUGUAUUAUUUUUAAUAAAUUCAUUUACAUCAUCAAU